AUGGCGAGGAGUCUCAGUGUAUUGGAAGUCCUUCUGAUCAUCUUCAUCCUAAUUGUAGUGGCCUUAGAUAUUCUCCUGCUGCUGCUGCUGCUGGAGGAGACAUUUACCCCAGAGUGUCCAAAGGACCUCCCCGAAUCAGAAAGGAUAGACUGUGCGCCUGGUCUCAUGGUGACAGAGGCUGUCUGCGUAGGGGCAUACAAGUGCUGCUGGGGAGAGGCCGUGCACAGUAUUAGUGCCCCCAAGUGCUUCUUCCCCAGGAAUUGGGGCUAUGUAGUCAGCAAAGGCCCUCAAAAAAACAGCACGGGACUCAUCGCUGAGUUGAAGAAGGUGCCAUCCCCAGCUCUGUUUGGAAAUGACACUAUCAACGCCCUCUUCACAGCUGAAUAUCAGACGUCCAGGCGCUUCCAUUUUAAGAUCACGGAUUUCAAUAACAGACGCUAUGAAGUCCCCCUUGAAAAUAUUACAGCGUUUAAUGUGACUGCCAGUCCUGACAAUAUGGAUUAUUGCCUGGAGAUCAAUCAUAAACCUUUCAGCCUCAAGGUCACAAGGACAAGCAACAUGAAUGCCUUGUUGGACAGCAGCAUCGGGCCCCUGCAGUUCGCCGACCAGUACCUGCAGCUGUCUUUCCGACUGCCCAAGGGCAGCAGCGUGUACGGGCUGGGCGAACACGUGCAUGGGCGGUACAGACACAGCAUGGAGUGGAAGACCUGGCCCAUUUUCGCCCGGAAUGCUACCCCCAUCGAGGGAAUGAGAAAUCUGUAUGGCGCACAUACAUUCCUCCUGUGCCUUGAAGACACCAGCGGGUCCUCCUUUGGGAUUUUUCUGAUGAACAGCAAUGCUAUGGAGGUCACCCUUCAACCUGCUCCUGCAAUCACUUACCGCACAAUUGGGGGCAUUCUUGACUUCUAUGUAUUCCUAGGGAAUACUCCAGAACAAGUUGUUCAAGAAUACUUGGAGCUUAUUGGACGCCCAUUCAUGCCUCCGUACUGGAGCCUUGGGUUCCAGCUUGGUAGCAGGGGCUAUAGUGACAUCACCAAACUGGAAAAUGUUGUUGAACGAACUCGUGCAGCUGGGGUCCCCUGUGACGCCCAGUACUUUGACAUAGACUACAUGGAUGCAAACAAGGAUUUCACUAUUAAUAACCUGACUUACUCUAAUCUCUCAAAAUAUGUGGAGAAGCUGCAUAACUAUGGGCUGAAAUCUGUCAUAAUUAUGAAUCCUGGCAUCUUCCAAGAUGAUAAUAUCGCCCAAAAUGAUAGUUAUAAGCCCUACAAAGAAGGAACUCAAAAGAGAAUAUGGAUCAUGGAUAACUAUGGCUUUGCCGUUGGGAAGGGAUAUCCUGGGUUGAUGGUUUUUCCUGAUUUUAGUGAUCCAAUUUGUACUCAGUGGUGGAAAGACCAGUUCAGUGAAUUUUAUAAAAAUGUGAAGUUUGAUGGAGUGUGGAUUGAAGGUGAUGAGUUAUCCUGUUUGCCCCGGAAUUCCAGCUACAUGUGUGAAAAAAACUCUUUGAACAACCCUCCCUUCAUACCUCGGGUACUGGAUAGGAUGCUCUUCGAGAAGACCCUCUGCAUGGACACCGAGAUGAAAUCGAACUUUCACUACAACUUCCACAGCAUUUAUGGCUACCUGAUGGCAAUUGCCACAGACACGGCCCUGAAGAACAUAUUCCACAACAACAGAAGCUUCAUCUUGUCCCGUUCUACUUUUGCUGGAUCUGGCAAAUUCGCUGCUCAUUGGCUAGGAGACAAUGCAGCCACGUGGGACGAUCUCCAGUGGUCCAUCCCCAGCAUCCUCGAGUUCAACCUAUUCGGCAUCCCACUGGUUGGUGCCAACAUCUGUGGUUACAGAUAUGACUCCACAGAGGAGCUCUGCAGAAGAUGGAUGCAGCUCGGAGCCUUUUAUCCACUGUCAAGAAAUUACAAUGGGCCUGGGUACAGGGACCAGGACCCUGCGUUCUUCGGUCAGGACUCUCAGCUGCUGAGGUCUUCCAGGCACUACCUGCACAUCCGCUACAGCCUGCUGCCCUACCUGUACACCCUCUUCUACUGGGCUCACACCCGCGGGGACACCGUCGCCAGGCCCCUUGUCCACGAAUUCUACGAGGACCCGCAAACCUGGGAUGUGCACACGCAGUUCCUGUGGGGGCCUGGACUGCUCAUCACACCUGUUUUAGGAAAGAAUGUGGCCCAGGUCUCGGCGUAUGUACCGGACGCCAUCUGGUACGACUAUGAGACGGGAGAAGCUAUCCCAUGGAGGAAGCAGCGUGUAGAGCUACAGCUCCCGGGUGAUAAGCUUGGCCUUCACCUUCGCGGGGGCUACAUCUUUCCCACCCAGAAGCCCAGUGUCACCACAAAGGCCAGCCGGACUAAUUCCCUGGGGCUCAUUAUUGCCUUGGACUAUAAGAGAGAAGCCAAGGGAGAGCUGUACUGGGACGAUGGUGUGUCUGCAGAUGCUGUGGCUAAAAAGAAGUACAUUCUGUACGAGUUUUCCGUCUCCUCUAAUUGCCUACAGGCAAAUGUCAUUUUAAAUAAUUCAAAUUCAAGUGACCUCAAGUUCACAGACAUCAUAAUCUUGGGAUUGGACAAGCAACCUGUGAAUUUUACUGUCACACCUGACUCCUCAUUAGACUGCUCCUACGAUGCUUCAGCCAAGGUGGUGAACCUCACGAACCUCACGAAUCUGAUGCUGGGACAAUCAUUCAACAUUACCUGGACUUUUCUGGUCAAGGACAAUGAGAAGUUCAACUGCUUCCCGGACAACCCACCUGAGUUGGAGCAGAUCUGCCUGCAGCGCGGCUGCAUCUGGGAGGCCACCAAUGCUUCUGGCGUGCCCCAGUGCUACUACGACACCAUCCCCAGUUACGCAGCCAGUGACAUUCGGUACACACCUUCGGGCAUCAGCUUGCAGCUCACCCACCUGGCACCCCCUGCAUCAGCAAGGGCAGCGGCGCCACCCCCACCCCGAGCUGCACCAGCCGCCUUUGAUCCUUUCUCUGCAAAGAUCAGGUCCCUCACCGUGAGUGUGAUCUACCACACAGAGACCAUGCUGCAGUUCAAGAUCUUUGACUCUGAUAAUAAAAGGUACGAAGUCCCAAUGCCUCUGAACAUCCCUCCAUCUCCCAUCGGCUCCCCCGAAAACCGUCUGUACAACGUCGUCAUUCAGAACAAUCCUUUCGGGAUCAAGAUUCAAAGAAAAAGCUCCAAUACUGUGAUUUGGGACUCCCAGCUCCCUGGCUUCACCUUCAACGACAUGUUCCUUUCCAUUUCCACUCGGCUCCCCUCCCACUACAUCUAUGGUUUGGGGGAAAGUGAGCACAAAACUUUCAGAAAAGACAUGAACUGGAAGACGUGGGGAAUGUUUGCUCGUGGUGAGCCACCAGCGAACGAGAGGAACUCCUAUGGCGUCCACCCCUACUACAUGGCACUGGAGCAGGAUGGCAAUGCCCAUGGAGUGCUCCUGCUGAACAGCAAUGCCAUGGAUGUGACUCUCCAGCCCCUCCCUGCACUGACGUACCGGACCACAGGAGGGAUUUGGGACUUUUAUAUGAUUUUGGGACCAACUCCAGAGCUUGUCACUCAGCAGUACACCGAGUUGAUCGGCCGGCCGGCAAUGAUUCCAUACUGGGCUUUGGGAUUCCAGCUGAGCCUCUCUGGACUCCAGAAUAACACUGAAAUCACCAGUUUCCAUCAAGAAAUGAUGAAAGCUAAUAUUACUUUUGAUGUCCUGCAUGUAGGCCCCAAUUACAGAGACCGGAAGCUAGACUUCACCCUCAGCCCCAACUUUCAAAACCUCGGUUUCCUGAUUGAGGACAUGAAGAAAACGGGCACGAGAUUUAUUCUUGUUCUGGAUCCAGCCAUUUCUGGCAACGAGACUGCAUACCCCACAUUCAGAAGAGGGCAGGAAAAUGAUGUUUUCAUCAAGUGGCCCAAUAGCAAUGACAUUGUCUGGGGAAAGACUUGUCCAUUACUGCCUGGCGUGACUGUGGAUGAAUCCCUUGACCAUGAAACUCAGGUUAAGCUCUCCAGAGCCCACGUGGCUUUCCCUGACUUCCUCCGUAAAAGCACAGCUGCGUGGUGGAAGAAGGAAAUAGAAGAGCUCUAUGAAAACCCUGGAAAGCCAGAGAAGAGCUUGAAGUUUGAUGGACUGUGGAUUGAUAUGAAUGAGCCAUUGAACUUCGUGAAUGGAUCUGUCAGGGGCUGCAGAGAUGAAGUUCUUAAUAAGCCACCCUACAUGCCGUUUUUGGGCUCCAGGGACAGAGCUCUGAGCAGCGGGACCCUGUGCAUGGACAGCGAGCAGGUGCUGCCGGAUGGCUCCCGCGUGCAACACUAUGACGUGCACAGCCUGUACGGGUGGGCGCAGGCCAGACACACGUACGAAGCCGUGCAGGAGGUGACAAGACAGCGAGGGGUCGUCAUCACCCGCUCCACUUUCCCCUCUUCUGGCCGUUGGGGAGGUCACUCACUGGGGGACAACAAGGUCACGUGGCAGCAGAUGAAAAAAUCUAUCAUUGAGAUGAUGGAGUUCAGUCUCUUUGGAAUACCUUAUACAGGAGCAGACAUUCGUGGUGACUUACUUGGAGAUGAUGGCAAUGAAAUGUAUGCUCGCUGGAUGCAACUGGGGGCCUUUUACCCACUUUCUAGAAUGCACAUUGGGUCAAAGUGGCAACAUCCUGUGGCCUGGGACUUUAUGCAAUACACAAAGCAAGUCCUCCAGAUCAGAUAUUCCCUCCUACCUUACUUCUACACACUGAUGCACAAGGCUCACGUGGAGGGCAGCACUGUCAUCCGGCCCCUUCUCCAUGAGUUUACAAAUGACAAUAUAACCUGGAACAUAGACUCUCAAUUCAUGUUGGGUCCUGCCAUCUUAUUCAGCCCGGUGCUGGAAAACGAUGCUUCUGAGGUCCGUGCUUAUUUCCCCAAGGCCCUCUGGUAUGAGGCUGGCAUCACGUGGAACCAAAGUAAAUCGUGGGGUGAGUGGAGGAAUCUGUCCACUCCCCUUAACCACAUCAACCUUCACAUCAGAGGAGGCCACAUCCUACCUUGUCAAAGGCCUGGGCAAAACACUCGUGCCAGCCGAAGAAAAUUUAUGGGAUUGAUUGUUGCUUUGGAUGAGAAUGAGGCUGCCAAAGGUCAGAUGUUCUGGGAUGAUGGAGAAAGCAUCGAUGCCUAUAAGAAUGGAAAGUAUUUCUUGGCAGACUUUACAGCAUCUCAAAACAUAUUGCAAAUUCACAUCAUCUAUAAUGAGUAUUUGAGUGACUCAACUCCACUGAAUGUUGGCUAUAUUGAUAUCAUGGGGAUAAAUACUUAUGUGUCACAAGUCAGUAUCACCUAUAACAAUCAGCAAUUCAUGGAGACAAAUUUCUGCUAUUCUGAUCAGACACUAACAGUUAAUUUGACUAACAAGAGUAUCCGUCUAGAAAAGUUAACUAAGAUUAUGUGGAUGGACGGUGGGCCAACAGUUCCCGCCACAACCACAAGCACCACCUCAACAACUUCUCUGCAUUCUUCUACCUAUACUACAACGAGCCGCACUCCUGUAGCCGUUACCAGUAGUUCUCCAUUCACUAGUAUGACCACUGCUACCACAGAAACUCUGAUGACUAGUUUGCCUGAAACAGGCCUUACUACUGAGAACACUACCACUACCAUAAAAACAGUCAGCAGCACCUCAACAACUACUACCCCAACAACCACAACCCCGUUCUCAACAGCCAGUCUGUUCCCUGCAACUACUACGAUAGUUACACCUACUUCCACUGUUCCUAAUGCCACUCCUGCAGCAAGCCCUACUACUGAGGACACUACUGCUACCGCAACCACAACCCCAUUCCCAAUAGCCAGUCCGUUCCCGACAACUACUACGAUAGUUACAACUACUUCCACAGUUCCUAAUGCCAUUCCUGCAGCAAGCCCUACUUCUGAGAACACUACUGCUACCGUAAUAACAGUCAGCAGCACCUCAACAACUACUACCCCGACAACCACAACCCCGUUCUCAACAGCCAGUCCGUUCCCGACAACUACUACGAUAGUUACAACUACUUCCACAGCUCCUAAUGCCACUCCUGCAGCAAGCCCUACUACUGAGGACACUACCGCUACCAUAACAACAGUCAGCAGCACCUCAACAACUACUACCCCGACAACCACAACCCCGUUCCCAAUAACCAGUCCGUUCCCGGCAACUACUACGAUAGUUACACCUACUUACACAGUUCCUAAUGCCACUCCUGCAGCAAGCCCUACUACUGAGUACACUACCACUACCGUAAUAACAGUCAGCAGCACCUCAACAACUACUACCCCAACAACCACAACCCCCCAGUCCGUUCCCGACAACUACUACGAUAGUUACACCUACUUCCACAGUUCCUACUAUCACUACUGCAGCAAGACCUACUACUGA